AUGGAGUAGAAUACUAAAGUUAAUUCAGAAUAUUUUAAGAAGUUGAAAUUAAUUCAGAAGAAAAUGGAGAAUAUAAAGGCUGAUUAGAGUCCAAGUGUAAUCAAGUAUAUGUUGAGAAGAAAAAGUGCAGAAGAAGUGCAAGCACCUUUGCAUGAUGUUGAGUUUAAUCAGCAGCCAAAGAAGAAGAAAUUGUUGUUUUUUAAGACCUUCUAAAAAGUUGUUAUCGACCCAAUAACAAAAUUAGAUGAAAUUAAUGAAGAAAAAUGGGCUAUAAUGUCCAACAACUAUAAAUCUUUGAUCGAAAAAUCAAGACAAAGUCUCUCAAAACAUAGUCAAAUGAUGUAGGCUCCUCUCUAAACGAAAGAACAUCAGAAGAUUCAGUUUCUCACUCGAAGAUAAUCAAUAGAGUUUCGACUUCGUGAAAUCACUACUGCUCCCAGCAAUCAUUCAUCUAUAUCUCCAAUAAAAAUAAAUACUAAUGUUUAACUCGCAGAUCCGAAUUAUGAUAGAUUCAAAAAGUAUUAUCAGAAAAUAGGGAUUGUAGCUGAUAAUCCUGCACAAAUGAAGUUCAAAAAAUUAAUGUCUACUCCAAUGGCACCUCAGAAAAGGAAGGAAAAAAGCCAGCAUUCUAGUAAUAAUUCAUAAUAAUACUCGUCAUCUCCUCCAAAAAGUAGAACUAUCCAUCUGAAACCAAAUCGUAAUUCGUAAUAUUUAUAGGAGAUCAAGGAAUUAUGUUCAGUGGCAUCAAACUAUCAAGCACAUGUGAAGUAAGAUGAGAGGAUACAAAUUCAUCAAACUAGCAAAUAGAUGGGUUACAUCUAAGCGGAAUUCAAUAAGUUUCAUAAUAUGUUGACAACGGAUUUAGAACGGUUAGAUUUCUAUGAUGAGAAGAAGUGA